AUGGAUCGUGGGCAGUUUACGCUGAUGGGAUCGACUGUGUGCGUUAUGCUAUGUCUGCACUUCUCGAUAAGACUAGUUUCCCAACAUAACAUGUCGUGGAAAAAGCCGAAGGAGCAAAAGGCGAUUAUCAUUAUUGUCCUAAUGGCUCCUUUAUAUGCCAUCAGCUCAUACGUUGGUUUGUUAGACAUACGAGGGAGCACGACAUUUUUCACUUUCUUGGAAUCGAUAAAAGAAUGUUACGAGGCUCUGGUGAUGGCGAAAUUCUUGGCAUUGAUGUAUACAUACUUGAACAUAUCUAUCAGCAAUAACAUAGUGCCUGAUGAGAUUAAAGGAAGAGAGAUCCAUCACUCUUUCCCAAUGACUCUUUUCCAGCCUCAUACUGUUCGGUUGGACCACAAAAACUUAAAACUACUCAAGAAUUGGACUUGGCAAUUUGUUGUGAUCCGACCCGUUUGCUCAAUCUUGAUGAUAGCUUGUCAGCUUCUCGAUAUAUACCCGAGCUGGCUGAGCUGGACAUUCACAAUCAUCCUCAACGUCUCGGUUUCACUCGCUCUGUACUCUCUCGUGGUUUUUUACCAUGUUUUCGCAAAGGAGUUGGCCCCACACAAACCUCUCGCCAAAUUUUUGUGUGUUAAAGGCAUCGUUUUCUUUUGUUUCUGGCAGGGAUUUCUGCUGGAUAUUCUUGUAGCAAUGGGGUUAAUAAAAUCGAACCAUUUCUGGCUAGACGUGGAGCAUUUGGAGGAAGCUCUUCAGAAUGUGUUGGUGAUUAUCGAGAUGGUUUUCUUCGCUCUUUUCAUGCAGUAUGCCUACACAGCCGAGCCUUACCGCACCGGUUCUUUAACUUCCGAAAAAACCGACAAAAAGAACGAAUGA